GGCCAAGGGUGGGAGCAGGGGUGUGGGGACCCUCCAGCCCCACUGCCCCCACCCCAUCUCGGCCACCCUCACGCCCCACUGUGCACCCCCCCAGUCUUUGACCGGGAGAUCGUGUCCGAGAUGGGGGCACUGGGUGUGCUGGGCCCCACCAUCAAAGGGUACGGCUGCGCGGGCACCACCUCCGUGGGCUACGGGCUGGUGGCGCGAGAGCUGGAACGGGUGGACAGCAGCUACCGCUCGGUGCUGAGCGUCCAGUCCUCCCUCGUCAUGCACCCCAUCCUGACCUACGGUACCCCUGCCCAGCGGGACCGCUUCCUGCCCCCCCUGGGUGACGGCAUCGCCUGGGGUGCACUGGGCGCCGCCGAGGCCUGCCUGGAGACAGCGCGGCAGUACGUCCUCGACAGGAGCCAGUUUGGGGGGCCGCUGGCACGCAACCAGCUGGUGCAGAAGAAGCUGGCAGACAUGGUGACGGAGAUCGCCCUGGGGCUGCAGGCCUGCCUGCGCCUGGGCCGCCUCAAGGACGAGGGCAGGGCAGCCCCUGAGAUGGUGUCGAUGCUGAAGCGCAACUCGUGUGGGAAGGCACUGGCCAUCGCCCGGGAGGCACGGGACAUGCUGGGGGGGAACGGCAUCUGCGACGAGUACCAUGUCAUCCGGCACGUGAUGAACCUGGAGGCCGUCAAUACCUACGAAGGCACCCACGACAUCCACGCACUGAUCCUGGGCCGAGCCAUCACCGGCAUCCAGGCCUUCGCCCCCAGCAAGCCGCCGGCACCACGGAGCUAGUGGGGGAAGACAGCGCUCAGCACCGCACUGGCAGCAUGCGGCUGUGACGCUCUGCGGCAUGACCGGCCUCGUGCUGCUGCUGGCGGGGCCAGGACGUCACCCAUGGGGGACACAUCCGCUCCUCAUGGGGAAGGACUCGAGGAGGCAGCGCCGAUGACUGGACCCAUGUUACUGAUGGGACUUGGUGUUGCUGACUGGACAGGGUAUUGCUGAACAGACCUGCUGUCACUGACAGGACUUGG